UUUGGUCUCGGAGUGAUUUCUGCUUCAUUUUGGGAGUUGGAGUGCCUGUGACAAAUUGGAGCUGUUAUUUUUGGGAAAUCAAAGGAGUAAUAUUAUUUAAAAUCUGGUGAAAUCGGAGUUGUUGAAUUUGAUUUGAGUUAAUUCGUUCUGCUUAAAGUGUUGCUUCAGGGUCAUGGACGUAGCCUGUAGUUUAUCGCCAGCAAGUGCAAUUCAUGGAGGUGAAUUUGGGGCUUGUAGGGCAUCAGAAUGCUUGAAUCUGACCCCAAAUUUGAAAUAUAGAGGCUUUUGCAGUGAUAUGUUAAGAGAUUCUAGAUUUGUCUUAAGAGCACAUUUACCAAAGAAGUUGAAGAAAAAGAAUACAUAUUAUUGUAACGCUACCACUCCAAGAGCUCUCAGUGAGAGGAAGUUAUGGUGCCAUGGCUUUAAUGAUCCUUCAUUCUGUAACACGAAAGUUAUUUUCAAAAUUCCAAGGCAUGUGGGAGCUCAUUGUCUUGGAAAUGAAUAUGUUGCGCAAGUAAACGAACAUGGGGGAGAUUUAGAAGUAAUUGAGAAGGACGAUGGUGGGUCCAGCUCUGAAGGAAUAUCAAGAGAGGAGGAAGGAGGAUCGCAGACUCCUGGUGCGGAGGAAUUAAGGGAAUUAUUGCAGAAAGCAUUGAAAGAAUUGGAUGUUGCCCGCAGUAACAGUGAAGCUUUUGAGGAAAAAGCCCAGAAGAUAUCAGAAACGGCAAUAGCCUUGAAGGAUGAAGCUACAAAUGCAUGGGAUAGUGUCAAUGAUGCCCUUAAAAACAUCCAAGAGGUAGUCAGUGAAGAAGCUAUAGCCAAAGAAGGAGUUGAGAAGGCAGCCAUGGCCCUUUCUUUGGCUGAGGAAAGACUCCAAGUGGCUCUAGAUUCAAUGAAAAUUGCAAAAGAAAAUAACGGUUCUCCUGUAGCUGCUAAAGAAAGAGAUUCUGAGGAUGAAAGUGGAAGGGAAGAAUCAAGUGAGGAGGAAGCACUAUUGGCUGCACAGCAGGACAUAAACCACUGUCAAGAUCAUUUAGCAAAUUGCAAGGCUGAGCUCAAAAAGGUCCAGAGUCGAAAAGAUGAGUUGCAAAAGGAAGUUGACAGGUUAAAUCAGAUUGCAGAGAAAGCACAACUGAAUGCUUCUAAAGCAGAGGAAGAGGUAGCAAAUGUGAUGCUUUUGGCGGAGCGAGCAGUUGCUUCUGAACUCGGGGCUGCACAGCGUGUUGCUGAUGCUGAGCUUGCCCUGCAGAGGGCAGAGAAGAAUCUUGCCCUUUCCAUUGUUAACACUGUGGAUUCUUCAGUUGAAGUGACUGGUGCUAGAGAGAUACUAGAAGGGAGUUCAGCAGAUGAUGAUGUUGAGAGAGACUUGGUUGUGCCACCUGAGGAUGCAAAAGUUGUUGAAGCUUUGCCGGCUAGUCAGCUGGAGGGACAAGGUUCGCCAGACGUGAGUGACAAUGACAAUGGAGCCUCAACUGUAAACUCAUCAAAGGACAUUGAAGAUGAAGUUGAGAAACUUAAAGCUAUUCAAAGCAAGGUACAGGAAAUGCAAAGGGAGCCAACAAGAGAAGGUUCUACUCUAGGUGCUCCAAAGCUGUUACUUAAGAAAUCAUCCCGGUUCUUUUCUGCUUCUUUUUUCUCUUUUGCUGCGGAUGAGGAAGAAUUCACACCAGCUUCGUUUUUUCGUGGUCUUGUGGAGUCCGCAAGAAAACAAUUGCCUAAGUUGGUAUUUGGAUCACUACUUGUUGGAGCAGGGAUUUUCUUUUAUGUCAAUCGGGGUGAAAAGAUUUCUCAGUUACUUCAGCAGCCAGAGGUCAUCUCAACUAGUAUGGAUGAUGUAUCAACUGCCUCAAAACCAUUGAUCAGAAAUAUAAGAAAGCUUCCCCAGAAAAUAAAAAACCUAAUGGAAAAGCUUCCUCAUCAAGAGAUAAACGAGGAAGAAGCUUCUCUCUUUGACAUGUUGUGGUUACUGCUUGCAAGUGUUGUAUUUGUACCCAUUUUCCAGAAAAUUCCUGGAGGCAGUCCUGUUCUCGGAUAUCUUGCUGCUGGAAUCUUAAUCGGACCCUAUGGUCUCUCGAUUAUUCGUAAUGUACAUGCAACCAAGGCAAUAGCAGAGUUUGGAGUUGUCUUCUUACUGUUUAAUAUAGGCCUCGAGCUCUCUGUUGAAAGACUAAGUUCCAUGAAGAAAUAUGUUUUUGGAUUGGGCACCACUCAGGUUUUGGUGACGGCUGUUGCUGUUGGGUUGGUUGCUCGCUAUGUUUCUGGGCAGCUUGGCCCUGCUGCAAUUGUCAUAGGAAAUGGCCUUGCAUUGUCUUCCACAGCUGUUGUCCUACAGGUGCUACAAGAACGUGGAGAAAGCACAUCACGCCAUGGGCGUGCAACAUUUUCUGUGUUACUCUUUCAGGAUUUAGCUGUGGUGGUUUUGCUAAUACUGAUACCCCUUAUUUCACCAAGUUCAUCCAAAGGAGGGGUUGGUUUCCAAGCCAUCGCUGAAGCUCUUGGAUUGGCUGCUGUGAAGGCUGUGAUUGCUAUCUCUGCCAUCAUUGCCGGAGGACGUUUGCUCCUCCGUCCAAUUUAUAAACAAAUUGCAGAAAAUCAAAAUGCAGAAAUAUUUUCUGCAAAUACUCUUCUUGUUAUCCUGGGGACUAGUCUACUAACUGCCAGGGCUGGCCUUUCCAUGGCGCUAGGAGCAUUCUUGGCAGGCUUGCUUCUAGCAGAAACGGAAUUCUCUUUGCAAGUUGAAUCAGAUAUUGCCCCAUACCGUGGUCUUCUAUUGGGUCUCUUUUUCAUGACGGUUGGAAUGUCCAUUGAUCCAAAACUUCUGGUUUCAAACUUCAAAGCUAUUACAGGAACCCUAGGGCUUCUAAUUGUCGGCAAGACCAUGUUAGUAGCAAUUAUUGGCAAACUUUUUGGUCUCUCACUUGUAUCAGCGGUGAGAGUUGGUCUUCUAUUAGCACCUGGUGGGGAAUUUGCAUUUGUAGCGUUUGGGGAAGCUGUUAAUCAGGGUAUAAUGUCACCACACUUGUCAUCAUUGCUCUUUCUAGUGGUUGGAAUUUCAAUGGCCCUAACUCCAUGGCUAGCUGCUGGAGGCCAAUUCAUAGCAUCUCAUUUUGAGCUGCAUGAUGUUCGGAGUCUAUUGCCUGUUGAGAGUGAGACAGAUGAUUUGCAAGAUCACAUAAUUAUUUGUGGUUUUGGACGCGUUGGCCAGAUUAUUGCCCAGCUUCUUUCUGAACGACUGAUUCCAUUUGUCGCACUUGAUGUCAGGAGUGAUCGUGUGGCAAUGGGACGUGCACUUGAUCUUCCUGUUUACUUUGGUGAUGCCGGUAGCCGAGAGGUCCUCCAUAAAGUUGGCGCAGAGAGAGCUUGUGCUGCAGCAGUAACGUUAGACAGUCCCGGGGCAAAUUACCGAACUGUUUGGGCCUUAAGCAAGUAUUUCCCCAAUAUAAAGACAUUUGUCCGUGCCCAUGAUGUUGACCAUGGCCUCAAUUUAGAAAAAGCUGGGGCAACCGCGGUGGUCCCAGAGACCUUGGAACCCAGUUUACAGUUAGCCGCCGCUGUCCUUGCACAAGCUAAGCUGGCGGCGCCUGAGAUAGCGGCUACUAUCAACGAUUUCCGAUCCCGCCACCUCUCAGAGCUUAGGGAGCUGAGUGAAACCAGUGGAAGUUCUCUUGGCUAUGGAUUUUCUCAGGUUAUGAACAAACCUAAAUCUCAGCCCUCGGACACCUCCGACGACAGCCUUACUGAAGGAACUGUGCCAGCAUAGAUUUUCUCUCUCUCUCCUCCCUUUCUCUCUCUCUCUGGCUCUAUAUCUAAUUCCUCCCCACAUUUAAGGCAAGGGGAGAGAUUAUUUUGGAUAUUACGAACCCACAUUGAUAGAAAUGUACAGAAACAAUGCACAAGCCCAAGCAAGAAUAAUUUAUUAAUCCAAAAAUUUUGAUUCUGCAUUGCCAUGUUUAGGGACUUGCCUGGCUGGCUGCAGAUUCGGACAUUGCCCUGCCCCAGCAUUUAUUUAUCUCAUGAAGUCUCGGCGCUACAACAGAUUGGCCUCGGACAUCUAUUUUGUAAGGAAAUGCUGUUAGCAUUGUUACUUGCAUCUAACUUUUAUGUCUUCUAUUGCAUCUAACUUUUAUGUCUUCUAUUGCAUCUAACUUUUAUGUCUUCUUGUGUUAAUAUUGUUGAGGCUAUUCUUAUCUUAGCUAAGAAUGUCCGGCCUCGACGGCAUAGUCGAUCAUCGAUCUUGUCGGAUGUUGUUUUAAGGCCUCAUGUAAGUUAUCUAGAUUAAAUUUUGACCUAAUAUCGAAAUGUUAUAAGCCUCAUUUCUUUGUUGAAAUCUUGGCACAACAAUAACCUUUAGGGGUGUGUUUGAUUUGUGUUCUUGUUUAAAUAAUAG